UGAUUUCGGUCCUGGUUGUAUAUAGACCGAACAGAGACACUCCACACACUCCUUCGGACCGGCGGUUCUGCUUCGUUUCAUUACCAUUUAUCGGUUUAUAAUCUCGACCUCGUUUCAAUCUCCAUCUUCAUCUUCCUCUCUUCCGACGCAAGAAUGGAAUGUUUCCGGCAGAUCGCUCGACUGGUCAAGUCCCCCUUUCAGCGCGACUCGCACCGCCCGCUGGAGAUCGGUCCUCCGACCAACUUUCGAAAGGAGGAACUGCCCACGUUCUUCUCUGACGCAGAGGAUGACGCUGCCACCCUGCAUAGUCACGGCUCAAUGACGGAAAAGGAUGAAAAAGACGCCAUGAUCAAGGAGCUCGAGCGUGAGCCCUCAACGACACAGAAGCUCCGGUCUCGCGUCCGCAGGCUGAGCGUCCGUGUCGCCCACCAGCUGCCUGAUCAUGACGAUGGCCCGCAUCAAUAGAUUUGUCCUAGCGGAUAUGAUGUACCUGAUUUCUGAUUUCUU